AAACCUGGCCCAGAAAUCGUUCGGUCACCAGUUGAAGAUUCUUCAUGUAUUCUAUAGUCAUCAUGCGUAUUGACUUUCAUUCUUUCGUCAUCUUGGCCCCCGCUGUAACAAUGACAUUGGGUGCGACGUACCAAAGGUCGAGCCAGCUCGCAGGCCAGAGCUUCCUUGACGCAUUCAGUUUCCAAGCCAUCCCGGACCCCACCAACGGCAGAGUGACCUAUGUCAAUGAGACGGACUAUACUACGACAUUGUCCUCCUCCGAUCCGGGAAGAAAUUCUUUUCGAAUCGAGUCAAAUAUCCAAUAUGAAACUCAUGUAGCAAUUUUCGAUAUUGCGCAUAUGCCACAAGGUUGUGGAACAUGGCCGGCUAUUUUGGGGGCAAACUGGCCGAAUGAAGGCGAAGUGGACAUUGUAGAAGGUGUCAAUGAUCAAACUCCCAACACAUGCAGUCUACACACGGGCUCUAAUUGCACAAUGCCCUCUUCUCGCCCAAUGACAGGGUCAGAUCGUUCAUCGAGUCUCCAGGUAUUCGCACCUCUGAUGGUACCGACUGCGACGCAUACUGAUAACGGCAAUUCUGGGUGUGGAGUCAGUAUUAACGACGACAAGAGCUAUGGUCCGCAGUUUAACAGCAACGGUGGUGGCUGGUAUGCGAUAGAAAGGAGCUCAAGACUGAGUGACUCUGUUCCAAGCGACAUCAACUCUCCUGGGUCAAGCAUCAAUACUAGCAAUUGGGGGACACCAGCCGCAUACUUUCCCGAUACUGAUUGCGAUUUCUCCACUCAUUUUGGAGAGCACAACAUCAUCAUCAACCUUACAUUUUGCGGUGACUGGGCAGGCAGCAGUUCAGUUUACGCUGCGUCUGGAUGUCCAUCUACAUGUGUCGACUACGUAGACGACAACCCAUCAGCAUUCGAGAACGCUUAUUUUGAGUUUAACUCGUUAAACAUCUACCAAUGAGGCUCGCGUUUUGUGUGGAAUGCCGUACCAGAAGCUACAAAGUAUUAAACUAUACUAACAUCACUUGUAUGUCCAGAAACC